ACGACGCCAAAGCAACAACAAAGAUAAAUAAAUAAAAUGGUUACGAGGACUUGCGCGUACAAGGAUUGCGAAUAUUACUAUGCUCUCCACGACAGCAUGCAGUCGAAGGGAAGAACCCUUUUUGCCUUUCCCAAACAACCGGAAAGGGCUCGAAUCUGGCACGAAAAUGGACAAGUGCAUCCCAAGAUUCCCCAAAACCAGCUAUUUAUGUGCUCCAGUCACUUCGACCGCAGGUUCAUAUCCUCCGGUAAAAACCGAACGCUCCUUGUGGGCGAGGCGGUGCCGUAUCCGUACGAGGAGAAGGAUCCAGAUCCGGAGGAGGAGCCCCAACAGGUGGCAUCAACGUCCCAGGAGAGCUACUUUAUAAAUCUGAGCGACGAUGAACUGAGCAUAAACAAUGUGGACACCACUUCCAAGACGAAGUCAUCUGAAAAAGAAAUUGAAAUCGACCUCGAGGCUAUCGCCGCCAAGCGCCCAAGAGAAUCGACAUCGACGAUUAGCCUUUCUGUGAAGGAAACUCCUAAAGCGGAUCCCAAACCAACUGAAGAGGCUGUUAGCGAAGAGCCUAGUAUUAUUGAUACUUCCGAAGUGUCCGUCUUCAGUUUCAAGGGCCAGGAGUACGUACAAAUGUCUAUGGAGUAUUAUUUGAAUGAGAAGAAAAUGAUGGCGGAACUUCUUAAAAACUACAAGAACGCUUUAAGGAGUAUCAAGGCACAGGUCUCCCAGCUGGAUCUAUGACUUAAUCAAUUAUGUUAAUUUUUCCGCUUAAUUCCUGGCUGGAUUUUAUAUUGGAUAUUCACCGGACGUUAUGGCGAAGCUAUAAAAUAAUAUAUUUUGUAAGUCUAAUAUUUUUUGCAAGCUAAACUCGACGUAAUGGUUGCAAAACAUGCAAUAUUAAUUCUAAAAGUUUUGUAUGAACAUUUAUAUUUCAACGGAAUUGGUUAUUAAACCCACGGUUGCCACUUCAAAAAUUUUUUAGGAGAAAAAAAAAAGAUUAAAAAUGA